CUGUUGAGUUGGUGUUAGGUACGUUGUUUGGUGGAACAUUCACAUCUGUUGCGCCGGAGCGCCGGUAAAGAUCUUCAAGAUAGAUUAGGUACUUGAAUUGUGUUUUUCUAUCAUGUCUUUAUUCAUUAUUUAAUUAAAUAAUCGAGCUUAACUGUGUGAGCACCAAGAACCUAUUACAAUGGGUGUUCGAGGACUACAAACAUUCCUGGAACAGUACUGUCCAUCAGCCUGUUACUGGGUAAAAAUCGCAGAAUUGGCCGCCAAAUACAAAGAAGAGACAGGAAAAGAACCAGUGAUCGCUGUAGAUGCCCAAUCAUGCUACGGAUUAUGGUGCAAAGGACUAGAUUGGGUGAUUGGAUUCGAAAUCCAAGAAUUUCUCCACCGGUUAAGAAUGUUCGUCGAAUCGUUCACCAAAGUCGGCGUCAAGAUUGUGUUUUUCUUCGGUGGUCUGACCGUCGAGAAGAAACGUGCAUCGUGGAUUGGUCGUAGGAGGCGGAAUUUACGAGAUAUUUACGACGUAGUCGGUAUACUCGAAAAAGGAACUCUGACCAAAGAUCUUCCGGAGAGAUAUGCUUCGUUACCCCCAACGAUGGGAAUUUUCACGUCUAUGUUCUUGAAGUAUAUUUUGGGAUGCGAAGUUUACAUGACGAUAGAGGAAUGCGACGAAGAGAUCAUCGAAUACGUUCAUAAAAACGAUUGUUUCGCUAUCUUCGCCCAAGAUUCGGAUUUCCUCGCUAGCGAUAUUAAAUGCGCCGUGUUAUCUUCGAAGAACUUCAAUAUGGGUACCAUGACGACGUUACUUUAUGAACGCGAAGUGCUAGCUAAAAUAUUACGUAUCCGAACCGAUCAGUUACCUUUGCUAGCGGUGUUGGCCGGAAACGAUUUGAUUGACUUUGAAAUACUUAAGGGGUUUCAUUGCUCGAUAUGCGGAAUAAAAUUCGAAAACAACGUGAAAUUCGACAUGCUGAUGCCAGCCAUCGGUAGAUAUAUCAAUAAACUGCCAGACCAGCCUAUCGACGAAUUACUGAAAACGAUUUCCAUCGACGUGUUCGGCGAUGAAUCCGCUCUAGGCUUGAUUAAAGCUUGCUACAACAGUUAUUUGGUCCAGGAGACUCCUAAGAUAACGAAUCCGGCCACGAAAUGGUCCAGAGUGUUGCAAAUUGCUCGGUUUCGCCAUAGAAAUGUCUUGACGCCGGCUGCCAUCUGGGGUGUACUGAGUAAUCAAGUUUUCGAACUAGCGGUGACCUUCGAAGAUCUGAGAAGAGCUAAUAAUAACCGAGUUCGAGCUAACUCGUUCAUACCUAGUGCUACGGUGACGCGUUUGCUGCGUCAAAAAAUGUACGGAAUUUUGUUAUACGAGUACGAGCAUUUGGCCGACGUUGAGAUAAAGGAAUGGUGCGGCGAGAAUGAAGAUAGUUAUCUGCAACCGGUGAUAGUCAAGCCUGUUGAACCUACUGUUCAUCACCCUGGCUUGUUACAAUUAUGGAGUGAUAAUAAUAGCGAUCGACACAUUCAAAUGAAAUGGAAAUUGUUUUUAUCGAGUAUCUCGCCUAAUAUAACCUCCGUCAACGAAUGGACAGCUUUGACCGAAGAUCUGGUUGCUAUUUCGGCGGCUCUUUUUUACCUUUUCGAGCAAGAAUUCUUUAGUGGUUUCGAAAUGAAUGCUGCGAUGGCUACGGUAGCCACAUUCUCCCUGUACAGUCGAGAGAGAUUGGAAACUUUAUAUUACGGACCACAUAAUUCGAGAGCAACCCACAUUAGCGUUGCAGUAAUUAGAACUUUCAGUAUGGUUAUCAUGUUAAUGGCUGCUUGCGGUUAUCCGGUGCCCCUUUCUGGGGAUUUAGUUUUCAUUAAAUUCGAAGCCAAAUUGUUUCAAAUUAAGUACAAGGAUAUGAAGCAACGGAAAACGGUGGAGGAAAUGUGUGAAAAUGACGAAAGGUGCAUCGCUGUGUUCAACCAAAUGAGGAAAGCUCUCAGUCGCGCUACUCGUAAAAGUAAAAGAAAUACUAAUCGAAAACCUCAACCGAGUGAAAAUGACCAAAAACAGACUGAGGAUCAGGCUCAGACAGCGGAAUCGAAAGAAGCAUAAGGUGUGUUUCUUCGUUAUGCCCGCUACCCAGCUGGAAUUUUAGUAGUUAAGAAAUUGGUUUAUGUACAAGUCAAAGCAUUCGCAUUUACAAGUUAUCGAUUAAGUUUGUCGAAUUAUUUUAUAUUUUUUUCAUAGAUGAUUUUUGUUGACCUGAUAA